CCAAUCAGGUGCCGAGGUUUCAUAUUGAACCUUUGUUUUGGUCCGCGGAGUCUGCAAUUUCUCCACAACUAUAGCAUUCCACCUCAACUUUUGUACCCGGUAACGAUGAAGCUAUCCGAUAUUAAGAAACUUAAAGUGGCCGAACUUCGGUCGAGGCUCAAACAAGCCGGUUUGGACAGCCGAGGGCUUAAGGACGACCUUGUGGAGCGGUUGUGGUCUUUACUGGAUGACGACGGCCACAAAAGGAACACACACGAGCGCGACGUUCAACCACAAGUUCAACCCUCUCCUCCACCGGUAUCAGCCAGGACCCCAGAAAUUGUUGCGGCCUCCUCAUCCUCUCUACUUUUAUCCUCUUCCCACACGGAACCAGCCAGUGUCACCCCGCCGUGCGGAGCAGCAAACCAAACUCGAGAGUUCUCUGACUCGGCCACGCAAACGGAAGCUGAAAGCAUCCCAGGGUGUCCGUCACCUGUUGAUGAUGGCUGUCAAGCCGAGAAGAGCAAGCUGAAGCCGGUGGCGGCGGCAGAGGAGGAGCGAGGGCGAGCGUUUUACGAGUUUAAAGAGGAGAUACGGUACAAAAGAGCCAAACUACCACCAGCUCCACUGGAGGAAGAUGAGGCAAAAAAGGAAGAUGAAGAUGCACUCAAAUUGCAUUCAUACGACAGUCACCUGCACUUCCAAGUGGGCCCUGACGGCGCUUGCGGCCAGCCGCGAUUCUGGGAUAGAUUCCCUCUGUUGUGGUCCGGGUGCAGGCUCACCCACGGUGUGUCGCAAGGCAGGGUGGGCUUCGAGGUGAGGUUGGAGAGGAGGUUAUCGAACCCUCUGCCGGAUGGCCCGGAAAGCGACCAGUCCUACGGGAUGCGCAUAGGAUGGUCCUUGAUCCAAACAUCCCUACUGCUCGGAGAAGAAGCGUUUUCUUUCGCAUAUGAUGGACGUGCUAAGAAAGUCACGUGUGGGAGAGAAGAAGAGUUUGGGGAGCCAUUUUGUGAAGGAGACAUCAUUGGUUGUUAUGCCUCUUUUUCCACAGAUGGCGGCGUUCAGCUCUCCUUCCACAAAAAUGGCCGUUUUCUAGGAGUGGCCUUUUCCCUGGAUGCGUCCGAGCUUGGAGGACGUGCCCUGUUCCCUCACGUGCUCUGUAAGAGCUGUGCGGUUCAUUUGCUCUUGGAUCCCACGGCUCCCCCCUGGUACCCCGUUCCUCCGGGCUUCACCCCACUGGCGGCGAUCCCGGCCCGGCUGAGACAUCCCAACGCGACUGCGCCGAGCUCCAGAGCGCAGAGUGAGAUGUUGUUGAUGGUGGGUCUCCCUGGUUCCGGUAAGAGCCACUGGGCCAGAGCUCACAUACGGCAGAAUCCGGAGAAAAACUACAAGCUGUUGGGCACCGAGGAGCUGCUCUCGUGCAUGAUGAGCGGGGGUGCUAGGGAACGCCGGCUGCAGCAGGCCGCCUUGUGUCUGACCGAGUUAAUCAAAAUAGCCGCUCACACGCCAGGCAACUACAUCCUUGACCAGUGCAACACUCUCUUCUCUGCACAGCGUUACAAGCUGCAACUGUUCUCCGACUUCGGGCGGCGCGCAGCAGUUGUGCUUUUUCCCUUGGCGAACGAGUGGAAAAGAAGACUGUCAAACCACCGAAAGGACGGUGACUACAUUCCCGAGACUGCCCUGCUCAAACUCCAAGUCAGCUGCAGUCUUCCCGAGGAGCUCGCAGACAUCUUGGACGAAUUGCGCUACGUGGAGCUGGAGCAGGAAGCGGCGCAGGCGCUGCUGCAGGAGUACAAAGACGAGGCCCGACGGCUGCUGCCGCCUGUUCCCAAAUCAGAGAAACCCAAGAAGUAUCUGCUGAAGAAAAGACCGCACCCGCACGGGCCUCCUCUUCCACCUCACUGGAUCGGGACAAGCGGAUUGAACAGCUGGAAUAACAUGCAGUGUUGGAGCCAGCAUGUAAGUACAGAUUAUGUCAGGACUUCCAGAUUUAGCAAGCAAUCAGAGUUGAUUUUAUGUUGUCUUACUUUUCACAGUGGAAUGUGCCUUAUGACCAAACCGUGUACUACUGCAGUGGCUAUGAUGGCUACUCAUGAAGAACCGGAAAGGAAAGAUAAUAUUAUGCAAUCACUGCUUUCAACAAUCAAACUGGAUUAAUAUUAACAACAAAACUGCCUUUUCCCUAAAGUGCCGAUUGGGUUUUUAUUGUACAAUGUGGAAUCGUAGAUUGAAUGCUCUUUUAAAAAAAAAUCUCAGAUUGAAUAAGAUCCUAACUGUUCAGGCUUCACCGUCUGGAAAAGCAGCACAGCUCCCUUGGCGGAAGGACACAGCUCCGACCACAUCGGACUGCUUCCGUUCAGGCGCAACGUCUCCUGUUUAGAAUGUAUUCAAUUUGAACUUUUUGUAAAGAGUUGGGUUUUUUUAAAGUCAGGAUUUCUCACCGCUCUGCUGAGGAACACGAUGUCUGUAGAUUCAUUGGCCUCCGCUCCUCCUUUCCAGUACAACUCUCGGACUUUGUCGGAUGACAGCGAACAACUCAGGACACAAAAGACAAAAGUGAAACUUUUACUAAACCAGAUCUCAGGACAUGCUUGAGAGGACAGCAAGGACUGGGAAGUUGGACACGUUGUGAAUUGAAAACAAAAGUCAAGAUUGUCCAUCCAUCCAUUAUCUCUUUGGAGACUCCGACUAACCAAGAAAAUAUAUGGCAAAGGAAUACAAUCUGGUUUUAAUGGCAAUUUGUCAUUAGGGCGGUGCCCCACCCGAUGGCAUUAAUCUUUCUUCAAUUGAUGUGAAACUUUGUUAAAAACAUGGAUGGAAAGAGUACCUCUAAGGACUCUUAAAAUACUCCAUAGCCAUUCAAUUCAAGAAGAAUCAACCAAUUUUUAAGUACAUAACCUAUUCUGCUACCUAGACUCUUCUCACAAAUAUCGUUCCAUUUAUGCUAUUUAUUAUCAUUAUUUUUGUAGUUUAAGUAAUACUGUUUGACACUUUGUGGUAAUUGUGAUAUUGACUUGAAAGCUCCUUGUUGGAUCCAACAUUAAACCAGCCAAAAUCCAGUCAAAAAAAA